AUGAGCACGGACUCCACCUAUGAAAAUGGCUUCCUCCGGCGCAGGAAGCGCUUCAAGCGCCACCGCCCGCCCCCGGGAGCCCACCUGCACCACCCCUUCCCCCUGCCCGCCGCGCCCGCCGCCCUGCACGGCCCCCACCCGGGCCUGCUGCUCGGGAGCCCGGCGCCGCCGCCCCCAGUGCCGGGGGCCUACCCCGCCGCCGCCUCCGGGAGCCGCCCGUGCGCGCUGCUGCACCCGCACCCCCUUCGCUACCUGCUGCUGUCGGCCCCGGCCUACGCCGAGACGCCCGGGAAGGCGCCAGGCGCGGACCCGGCCACCCCCGGCGCCCCCUCGGCCGUGCGGCCCUCCCCGGGCUCCCAGCCUUGGGAGGAGGGCAAGGGGUCGGCGGCGCGGCCGGGAGACGGAUGCGCCCCCUUCAGCAUCGAGAGCAUCAUGCGAGGGGUCCGAGGAGGAGGGGGGACGAGGGCCGCGCAGAGUCUGCCCCCGACCCCGUGGGGCUACUGCCACCUGCUGCAGCGCUCGUCGUGCCUGGUGCAUCACCGGGCGGCCACCCCUUUGCUGCACGUGUCGGCUGCCUCUGCGGCGUCCGCUGCCCGGACCGUGUUAGAGCAGCAGCAGCAGCAGCAGCGGCGGCAGCAGGAGGACUGUACCAGCGGCCGCGCUCCCAGCGAGGGCGCUCUGCCGGGCCAGCACCUGUCCGCGGCGCGCCUGGGGUGUCCGCCCGGAGCGGGAGGCUCCAGGCCGACAGCGGUGGCCAGCCUUUCCGGCAGGGAGAGCAUCCUGCCGGACUUCUGA